GAUUGUUGUCAGAGGGUUUAUAAAAGUGACUUCUUUGAUAUGUAACUAUAGAACCUUAAAAAGAAGUUAUCCAGAGACAUUCUUUGUUCACCAAAUCGCAAUUGGUAAACGGAGAUUUGUUGAAAAUAAAGGUUACUAUAAUUUAAAUAUGCUAAAUUUUAAUCUUUUCAUACUAAUCAGUAUGAUCUUGUUUAUUCGACAAGAAUAUUUAAUUAUUGCACAAAAUACUAUUGAUGAUGACAGUUCAAAUCCAUUUCAUUGGUUUAAACAUGAUAAUUUUGAUAUUAUCUCACAUAAAAUGGAUCAAGCUAAUCCAAAUAAUUGUGAAACAAUGUCUGAAGCUGAUUUACGUCUACCACCAACAUCACUUAGUCAAUUACCUCAAUAUAAUGAAAUUCCAUUAAGACAAUGGUUUACAAAUCGUUCAAAAUUAUUACAUUUACAUAAUUUAGCAUUGAAUCGAGCAUUUUUCUAUAGUUAUAUAUUACAACGAUUAGAUCAUCCAACUAAAGAUCCACAACAUUUACCUUCAUUAAUGUAUUAUUAUAUGUCAGCUGCAGCUGAUAUCUCCUCUGGACCAAAUGUUAUGAAUACUAGUGGAGUAUUUAUGGAUACGAAUACAACAUAUGCAAAUUGGUAUGAAUUAAAGGAUAUCAAUAGAACAUUACCAUUAUUUGGACCAUUAGCUAGACGAUUAGAUAAUUGGAAUGAUGAAAUGAAUUUUUUAAGAGUACCAACUAAUAAUACAAUUGAAAUCACUGAUCUUGGAGCUGGACCAAAUAACAACUACACAGCAUCAUGGUAUAAGAAUAAUCCUUAUAUACGUGAUCGUGAAAUGGGUAUUGAUUUUAUUCCAGAUAGACGUGGUACAGCACCCAGUAAAAAUCAAUACACUACAAAAAUUCAACUUGCCACUAUCACUGGAGAUCCUAUAGAAGAGUUGGAAAAUGUAAAAUUCUAUGGUCCAAAUGCACCAGGUGUGAAGGAGACAUUUCUACCUGUUCGUUUUACUCGUCCUUAUUAUGAUUGUGGUGGGACAAACAGAUGGAUUGUUAGUUCUGUAGCAGCAUUGACAGAUUUUAUGCCACGUUAUUCAAAUAUUACUCGACUACGUGGUCCAAGAAUGAUUGGCGUGGUUGUACAAAGCAUGGACUUUUAUAGAAUUGACUUUAAUCCUUGUCCACCAGGAUUAGGAAAUCCAAACCAUUUCUUGGCUGGAAUCGCAAGAUGUAAACCUACAACUUUGUGCGUACCUCUUCCCGGUUUCGGUUUCAAACGAGGAGGUUAUCAGUGUGUCUGCCAACCUGGACAUCGUUUACCAUAUGAACAAGAUGGACCAUUUCGUGGUGUUGAUAUUGAAGCAGCUACUGAAGAAGAAUACCGGAAUAAUUUCGAUUGUAUACCAGUUGGUUGGCGUGAAGUUAUUCCAGAAGAGACAGGCAUGAAGACCAUUCUUGAACGAGAUCGCCGUUCAGCUGACCAACAAUCAGGUAGUUUGACUUUCUGGAAUCGAUUUAAAGAACCUGGAGUUCAUUUGAUGAAUUCAUUAUUUGCAACAUUUGGAUCAGUAAAACAACAUUUCUUUCCAACACCUCCUCAACUGGAUUCAUCAAUAUUGAUUGAUGGGAUAUUAGAUCAACCAUUGACAUCAACAUUAAAUCAAAAUGAUCAGCCAUUUGAUCGUCUUGUUCCUGGAUACCGAUCAGUUUCUCAUCUAUUACCAUUAGAACAGAAUGAUUUCAACUUAACCUAUUUAGAAGAUUCAAAUGGUGAAAAUCAACUGGAAAGUGAAUCUUAUAUACUUGAUCAUAAUGAAACUGAUAUUGGUAGGGGAGAAAAUCAUGAUAUAAUGAAACAACGUAGACGACGAAAUGUUGAUACACCAUUCUAUACUGUUGGAGUUGGCACGGUCUUUGAUGCUGAUAGAUAUUUUGAAGUUCAACGUUUGAUUGCACAUGUACGUAAAGUGACUAGUAAAAACUGUCAGCAAAUGACACCAGAUCAGUUAAUUUUACCUGGUGAAGUUAGUUAUGGUGUAGAGAAACAAUUUGAAAUGGUUGGACGAACAGCCUUACGUUUGUCACAUUUUCUUAGUGCUUAUUAUCAAAGUAAUGUUAUCGGAGAACUAUAUGGCAGUUUAAAGACUGGUUUUCCAAUUAAUCGUUAUCAAUUAUUUGGUGAAGUUAUUGCAAAUGUUUUAUCAAAUUUUGAUAUUGUAUCAAGUGGAAUAUUCUUCGACUAUCAAAUGUUCACAGAUCAUGAUGAAGUAACUUGGGAUUUAUUCGCUCCAUAUGCAUAUAAACCACUUCAUGCAACUCAAGCAGCUGAAGCAAUUGAUAUGAGUAUAAAUUAUUAUCGAGAUUAUACUGAAAAAUCAUGGUUUCGAACUCUGAAGUCAAGAUGGGCAUCAAGUCGACAAGGAUUAGAGCGAAUUACAACUAAGCCAUUUAUACGAAGUGAUGUCAAUGGAACUCAACUACAGCGUUAUUUCACCUUUCCAAUAUAUUAUCGUGUACCAUAUUAUGAAGAUGGUUAUUGGACUCAACCAUAUUUUGAUUGUGAUGGUAUGGUGAAAGAUUGGAUAAUUACAUAUGCAACUCCAUUUUUUGGUGUUGUUGGAGAAGAGAGGGCUUUGAGAUUUAUGGGUGUUGUAACCGCUUCGGUGAAACUAUUGUCAUUGGAUAUAAAUCAAUGUCCACAAUCCUUUUAUACACCAAAUUUUUUUAAAAAUACGGCAAGAUGUGAUUUUCGAAGUACAUAUUGUAAAUUAAUCCCAAGGCAUUAUUUUGUAUCGGGUAGUUACAAGUGUGAAUGUCGUCAAGGUUUUGAAUAUCCUCUCAAUGAUCGUACAUGGUAUUUUCAUGGUGAGAUGAUGGAACGUGAAUAUCAACUAAUGUUGGCUGGUAAACCUAAUCGUUAUGAAUUAUUACGAUGUCGUCAAGGUAUUGCAAGUGAAUUAAAUAGUUUCUCACUUCUCAAUCUAGCGUUUAUCAACUUCAUACUAAUUUUUAUUUAUACAUUAUAACUGAUUUACUUCUAGUUAUGAUGACAAUUCUUUAUCCAAGAAACAACUAUGUAAAAUUUAUUUACCGAUUUAUUUGUAAAUAAAACCAUUUACUACU